AUGCGGGCAGGGCCCCACUUUGGUGGCCACUCGGCCGAAAGCCAUCACCAGGAAAAACAUGCUGACCCAGGUGGUGGGUCCCGCUCAGCUCUCUGGUUGCAGGGAGUGCCUGAGCCUGUCAUUCGUACCCAAGGGCAGCGGAGAGAGCCCCUGUGUGGACCUGUCUACAUAGAUAAAUCAGCAUUAUGUACUACAGAAUACAUGAGCUGUGGGCAUGAUAUGUACCACUUCCUAUGUGAUUUACAGAUAAUCAGUACAGAUGAAAACCAGGUGUUUGUGGCUGUUCAGGAGUGGUACCAGACAGACACGUACAACCUGUACCAGUCUGACCCCCAAGGUGUUUACUACUCCAUCCUGCUGGAGAACGUCCGGAGCACAAAGCAGCCAGAAGAGAAUGUCCUGAUAGAUAUUCUGGAGGUCAGAGGUGUAAAAGGAGUCUUUCUGGCCAACCAGAAAAUUGAUGGGAAAGUUACAACUCUGAUAACCUACAACAAAGGCCGUGACUGGGAUUUUCUAACCCCUCCAGACAUUGAUAUGAAUGGCAAACCAACAAACUGCAAACCUCCUGACUGCUACCUUCACCUCCAUCUCCGCUGGGCAGACAAUCCCUAUGUUUCAGGAACAGUCCAUACGAAGGACACUGCACCAGGGCUCAUAAUGGGGGCAGGUAACCUGGGAUCCCAGCUGGUUGAGUAUAAAGAAGAAAUGUACAUAACGUCUGACUGUGGGAAAACGUGGCGUCAGGUCUUUGAAGAAGAGCAUCACAUCUUGUACCUGGACCAUGGUGGAGUUAUUGUGGCCAUCAAAGACACUUCUAUCCCUCUGAAAAUUCUCAAGUUCAGCAUAGAUGAAGGCCAGACUUGGAGUACACAUAAUUUUACCAGCACUUCAGUCUUUGUAGAUGGAUUACUUAGUGAACCUGGAGAUGAGACACUGGUCAUGACAGUCUUUGGCCAUAUUAGCUAUCGUUCGGACUGGGAACUGGUGAAGGUGGACUUCAGACCAUCGUUCCCCAGGGAAUGCACUGAUGAUGACUAUGAAUCUUGGGAGCUCACAAAUUUACAGGGUGAUCACUGCAUCAUGGGCCAGCAGAGGAGCUUUCGCAAGAGGAAGAUUUCAUCGUGGUGCAUUAAAGGGAGAAGUUUCACGUCAGCUCUCACAUCCAAAGUUUGUGAAUGUGUGAACUCUGAUUUCUUAUGUGAUUAUGGGUUUGAGCGCUCUGCACCUCUGAAGUCGGAGUCUAGCAAAUGCUUUGCUGACUUUUGGUUUAACCCAGAAGCACCUCCUGAAGACUGUGUGCUGGGGCAGGCAUACACCAGCAGCAGUGGAUACAGGAAAGUUGUUUCUAAUGUGUGUGAAGGUGGCGUAGACCUGCAGCAGAACUUAGCACAGCAUAUGUGUCCACUGAUUGCUCCCAAGGGACUUCAGAUCAGCAUCAGAGAAGAAAGCCUGGCUGUUAAGCCCGGGGAAGACAUCACCUUCAUCGUCAGACAAGAGCAGGGUGAUAUAUUGAAUACCAAAUACCAGGUAGAUCUUGGAGAUGGCUUUAAGGCAAUAUAUGUGAACCUUACGAUGACUGGAGAACCCAUCCGUCACCACUAUGAGCAUCCUGGUAUUUACCGUGUCUCGGUGAAGGCUGAGAAUGUGGCUGGACAUGAUGAGGCUGUGGUGUUCAUCCAAGUCAACUCUCCGCUGCAGGCUUUAAAUUUAGAAGUGGUUCCAGUUGUUGGAAGAAACCAGGAGGUGAAUCUGACAGCUAUCAUAAUGCCCAAGAACCCUAAUUUGACAGUCUUCUACUGGUGGAUAGGAAACAAUCUUCAGCCACUCCUUACACUGGAGAGUUUUCUGUUGACAAAGUUUGCUGAGACAGGUGACGUCAGAGUUACAGUGCAGGCUUCCUGUGGGAGCUCCAUGCUUCAGGACUCAAAAGUUGUCCAUGUUUUUGAUCACUUUCAUGUUCUUCCUCUGAAGUUUACUAAGCACCUGGACAUGUACAACCCUGACAUACCAGAGUGGAGGGAAGACAUAGGGCGGGUAGUAACACGACUUCUUGCAAAGGAAACCAAUAUACCCGAAGAAACACUCACGACAGUCGUGAAACCUGGUCUGCCCACAACUGCUGACUUGCAUGUGCUACUACCAGCAAACCAACCAAAAAGAAAGAGAAGUGUAACUAGCGAUAAGAGAAUAGCGGCUAUAAAACAGGCCUUGAAUGCACACAACAUCAGUUUCUUUCUGAGGGGAGGAUACUGGGUCUUAGUGACUUUAGCUGACUCUGGUUCAGACUCUCAGAGGAUUGGAGGAGGCAGUGGCUACUGGGCUAUUGUGGUUCUCUUUGUUAUCUGUCUAGUCGCAGUUGGGGCUUUCAUCCUCUACAAGUUCAAAAGGAAAAUGCCAGGCAGAAAUGUCUAUGCCCAGAUGCACAAUGAAAAAGAGCAGGAGAUGACAAGCCCUGUUAACCAUAGCGAGGACACCCAGAACAUCAUCCAGGGUGAGGAGUUUAUUGAUGAUGAUCUGGACUCUCAAACACUAGGUAACGCAAGAGUGACUCCUUCUGCGAGAAGUGGCAACUUGAACAGCUACAGAGUUCCCCUAUUGCUGAUGCCGGUCAGUGUCCAGUCCCAGGCAAUCACUCAGGCGUGGUUUUGA